GCCGUUCCCGGAGCAGCAAGAUGGCGGAGACAAUGAGGAGGAGCCGCCUCUCCGCCGCCUGAGCGGGCCCAGACGAGCCGGAGGCCGCCGCACACCCCGGCCGACCGCCCCUUCCCGACCUCUGCCGCUCCUCGGCCGCUCUCGGAGGCUUCUGCCUGUGCGCUCCGCCGCCGCCGCCCAGAGCCCCGCCCGGCUCCCCUCAGCGCCGCCGCCGCCCUCGGCGCGGCCCGGCUGGGCGGCGGGAUGAAGCUGACGGACAACGUGCUGCGGAGCUUCCGCGUGGCCAAGGUCUUCCGUGAGAACUCGGACAAGAUCAACUGCUUCGACUUCAGCCCCAAUGGCGAGACCGUCAUCUCCAGCAGCGACGACGACUCCAUCGUUCUCUACGACUGCCAGGAGGGCAAACCCAAGAGAACACUGUACAGUAAGAAGUAUGGAGUGGACCUCAUCAGGUACACACAUGCUGCCAACACUGUCGUUUACAGCUCCAACAAAAUAGAUGAUACAAUCCGAUACCUCUCCCUGCACGACAACAAAUACAUUCGGUAUUUCCCAGGGCAUACAAAAAGAGUGGUUGCCCUUUCCAUGUCUCCAGUGGAUGAUACAUUUAUUUCGGGAUCCCUGGAUAAAACUAUUCGGCUUUGGGAUCUCCGCUCUCCAAAUUGCCAGGGCUUAAUGCAUCUCCAGGGGAAGCCUGUGUGUUCUUUUGACCCAGAAGGGUUGAUUUUUGCUGCUGGAGUCAAUUCUGAAAUGGUGAAGCUUUAUGAUCUCCGUUCUUUUGACAAGGGGCCAUUUGCUACAUUUAAGAUGCAGUAUGAUCGAACAUGUGAGUGGACAGGCCUGAAGUUCAGUAAUGAUGGCAAACUCAUCCUCAUAUCAACCAAUGGAGGCUUCAUCCGCCUGAUUGAUGCCUUUAAAGGGGCUAUCCUGCACACGUUUGGGGGUUAUAACAAUAGUAAGGCUGUCACGCUGGAGGCAUCGUUCACACCAGACUCUCAGUUCAUCAUGAUAGGUUCAGAGGAUGGGAAGAUUCAUGUUUGGAAUGGGGAAAGUGGGAUGAAGGUGGCUGUGCUGGAUGGGAAACACACAGGUCCUAUAACCUGUCUGCAGUUCAAUCCAAAAUUCAUGACUUUUGCUAGUGCAUGUUCCAAUAUGGCCUUCUGGUUGCCAACUAUUGACGACUAAUUCCUACGUUGCAGCUGCUGUCAGACAACUUCCACACUGCUAACAGCAGCACAUCAUUGCAAGCAUAGUAUUGGAAUUACCUAGGUCUCCUAGACUGUGAUCCUGUUUCUGCGUGUGUUUCCAUCUGUCUUACCUUUAUUUGCUGCAUUCCUGCAUGAGGACUCCUCCACUCGGCCUCCUGGCAUGUUGGGAAAAGCAGCAUGCUACGUUCUUACCUUCCAGUCCAUGCCCAGCAGGCUUCAACCCAAGUUGGAACUGACUUAGUAUUAUUUUUAAGAGCAAUGAAGUCUGGUUUAUUUACAAAAUGUUUGUGGCAUUUUUUAAGCUGUAAUUAUGUGUUCUCCUUCUGUAAGUGCACAAGGCUGUUGAUGUUCCAGGGUGGAACAUGCAGUUCUUCCCCUAAGUGCAUGUUUUUUACAUCUGGGAUCUCUGGUUUCAUUGCAAAUGCAAAGUUACUUCUGUGCCAAAUGUCAGGACUGACAGUUUUCAACUUCAGCAGCAGAUACUGGAUUCUCUUGCAGUGGAACACAUUCUGAAAGAGUGGGUGACUGUAAAUAUACAUCUCAUCAUCCUGUUUUUGGUAAUUUAGCAUGCAAAAAAAUCAGACAGUUUUUGUCCACUGCCAGAGCUUGCUAAAGCCUCCCUGCUGUUUGGUGUGCCAGCAUCCUGGAGGACACAGACUGCUGGUGAGGUCCUGUCAGUGUCCUGAGCAAUAAAGGAGUCUGUCAGCAGGAAGAUGAAGUCACACUGAGACUGAAAGCACAGUCUGCUUGUGUAUCUUAUGUAUCAUCUUGGCUGAUCUUAAUUGUAAAUAUCAUGGGUGGAGGGCGGUGGGAAUGGGCCAUAUUUUUUUACUUUUAGAUAUUAAAGAAUAUGAUGUGGGCCAGUAUCUUGGGGUGUCUAGGCUGUUUACCUUCCAUAAUGCAGUUUUCCCUUCCUGGUUUGUAAACAAGGUCCAUUGAAUUCUCCCCACACCAGGCUUAAACCUUUGUUGCUAAAAGUGACAUGCAGUUAGUUCACCAUGCAUUUUGUUACAGGCCCUGGAGGUUUUCAGCCUUAGCCCUGAAAAAGCAAGGCUGCUUUGUCAGAUGUCUUCAGAUAAAAGUCUUCAUGUGACUGUGCUGACUGUUCUGCCAUGGCCCUGCUCCAAGGACUGCACAUGCCUAGAGAUGGGAGGGAUGUGCUCUCUUCUGCCCCAGAGGAGCUUGUGGGCAAAUGGCACAGAAAGGCUGGCAUGCUGCUCUUCAAACCUGAUUCCAGCUUCUUUUUCCUGAAAAGGACAAAUUUCUUUUUCCUUUCGUUAGACAAAUUCAUCCACCAGCAGGCUGGGCUUAAAGGUAGCGUUUGAUUUUUUUGCCUUUCCAGACAUACUUGGUUUUAUGUGCUGGGUCACAGCUUGGAAAGUCCAUUCUUUCCCUCACCCAGUUGCCUGUGCUUCCACUCUGUGAAAUGUCAAAUGCUGGUAAGGUGACAAGCACAGUGAUGGGCAUGUUCUCUCUGCUCUCAAGUGCCAGCCCAUCAUGGAGAACAGUGCUCCAGGAUUUAGAUCUAGAUGUCCCCUUGUUACAGCAAAGUUUGUCUCGACUGUGGGGCCCUUUCUCACAACAUGUCUCCCUGGAAAAGAAAAACACCUUCUACAGCAGCUGCUUCUGUUGUUUUAUCUUGCUUUUUUUGGUUCAGUUGGUUGGUUUUUAACAGCUCUUGUCAGUGGAACUGUUAUGCUAAGAGCUGGGGAUGAGGAAUGAGCAUUUCUCCACUGCUGCUUCUUUAAUAGUAGCUGCUUGUGCUCGGCUUCAGAGUUUGCCUCUGACCAUUGGCAGGACUGCUGUGCAUGAGGCAGUCUCAGAAACUUGAUGUUUGGAUUGAUGCUGUGGUUGAAGCUUCUUAAGCUCUGUGACUUAUCUCUCCUGAUGCUACCACCCGAGUACAGCACCAUUUCUAACAGCACAGGGCUGUGGUCUGAGUGCUCUGUUCCAGACAGAAGGGAAGGAAACAGUGGUGAUGCUUUCGAUCUUGCCAAACAGGCCUCCUGUUGGAGAUGCAGAUGAGAGGUUAAUAAUGCUGUUCCAGCCUCCCUCUUCCUCCUGUGUACUGUCCCACCAUCACCUACAGGUGCUCAGCAUGAAGGGAGUUGGGUGUUUGGGUCCCCACAGUUGACUAGGCUUCCAUGGGCACCUCUUCAACUCAGUAUUGUUGCUUUUGAGGCUGCUCGGUGCUAUUUUACCCGUGUUGGUGUUUCUGUAAGCAGCCAUGUUUUGCAGUGGUUUGUAACAGACAGGUAUUUGGGGUUUUGCAUUUUAACAGUUAAACUUUAGCAAAUCAUCUUUCAGGGUUUUAUCAAGUCUGUUGCCUGAGUAAGCUAACAGCUUCCAGACAGUUUUCUUGUUACUUGUUCACUGGGAAGCAUUUGGAAGUCUCUUGCUCAAAAAUGCUCUCUGUUGAUGUGGUUUGAAGCCUGUUUGUUGUUCAGCUCUCUUCCCACUUGCAGUGCUGUAAAACAGUGUUUGCUGCAGCGUGAAAUCUUUAAGAAAAAAAAGGAGCAGAGGACUGACCUAGAAGGACACAGAGACUAAGAACAUCAGUGGUUUUCUGGAGUGAAGAUGAGUUUUAAAGGUUCGUGCAUAACACAGCACUAAUGCUCAGAUGAAAAUUAAAGCUGAAUGACUUCCCAGGGCUUGAUUGCCACCCAUGCAGGCAAAGCCAUCUUCCUUGCUUGAUGUAGCACAGAGCGUUUUCUGUCUGCCUUUAAAGGAGGGAAAUGUGUCAAGGAACUUGUGUAUCCUGUGUUUCUAGGAGGUUAGGCAGGAAAGGUGAAUAAAGCAUUUAGCUUCCAGCUUCUAUGUGCUUCUCCAAAAGUAGCAGGACUGCAGUUCCUGUGCUCUUCAGGGCAGCCAGCUGGUGAGAAAUAGACUUCAUUAAAAACAGCUCUCCCAGGACUAACAGGGUGUCCAACCUUGCAUAAAGCCAAGCAGAAAACUACAUUCCCCUUCCAAAUUUGAAAUUAUGUUAUGGAGGAUGAAAUAAAGACCUUUCUUCAAAGGAAGGGGGAAAUGAGUUUCAACAGCCCACCUCUCAAGAAGCUGUGGUGGUGGCUGAGCACAUCUGCUUGGGCAGUAGGAGAGUUCAGGUGUAAUUCUCCAAGUUAGUCUUUAAAAUGCUUUUUUGCUUUUUUUUUUUUUUUUUUUGAGGCUUCCAGGUCCUUGGUUGAUGUCCCAGCCCCUGCUCUGGGGGACACAGGAACAACUGAGUGAACAAAUCUGGAAGCAGCAGUGUAUCUUCCAGUGCCUCUUGACCACUUGACCAUAUAUGCACUUUAGGAGACUUCACCUUGGUUUUGGGUCAGGGGCUGGGAUCCUAGUGAGCCUUUCAGAAACUGGUCUCUUCAGCUGUGAGCUGGUACUGUGGAGUUUGACUCCUAGGUGUUAUCUACCAGAUGACUGUAAAUGCAUAGAGGUAAAUUAUGCUUUGUGACAAAAUACUACAUAUGUGGAGAGUUUGGUGUUGUGGUUGUUACCAAUAAAUAUUUUGUAGAGAGAUCA